GCUCAUGUCAGUAAAUAGAAGCGCAACAAAACACAUUGUAUUAGAAAUUUUGGUGAGUGGGAGUGCGAUCUGUAAUUCGGUAUCGAUCGCCCAGAACCCUAAUUCUGGUUUUUUUUCCCACCUAACCGGACAAUCCGCUUCAUUUAUCCAACCCAGUUCUUCAUUUAUUCACCAAAAAAAAACCCAGUUCUUCAUUUUCCUACUUUUUUUUUUUUCGAAUUUUAAUUUAAUUUUUUUUAAGUACUGUUUUGAUCGGAGUGGAACGGAAAAAAAUGGCUUACGCAUCUCAUAUUAUCAAUCACUCGAAAAAGUUAAGAAAUGCUCCCGACUUGCUUUGGCAUGAACAAGCUCUUUUGUUUCGAUGGUUUUCAUAUGAUGUUCAACCUUCUAUUGCAAAAAGAGAUGAGAUGUGGAAGAUGCGGUGUCAUGGCUAUGUGCCUCCAGAAAGAGAGAGAGUUACCAAGUCUUUCACCAAUAGCACUAAGUCGUUCUUUGGUGCAUAUAAGAGGAGGAAUGUAUCAACGACAAACUUGAAAGUGGGAAAUUCAAUUGCUGGAUUGGAAUUCAGCAAGCAGUAUUCAGGUUUGCAGGUACCCUUGAGGAGAGGCUUUGCAUCUGAUGCAGGCCUUCCUCCUCACCAAGAGAUAGGAAUGCCAUCUCUUUCACCAACAAUGACAGAAGGUAAUAUUUCAAGGUGGUUGAAGAAAGAGGGUGAUAAAGUUGCUCCUGGUGAAGUUCUCUGUGAAGUUGAAACUGAUAAAGCUACAGUUGAGAUGGAAUGCAUGGAGGAAGGUUAUCUUGCCAAGAUAUUACGUGGAGAUGGGGAAAAAGAAAUCAAAGUUGGCGAGGUCAUUGCCAUAACUGUUGAGGAUGAGGAGGAUAUUGCAAAAUUUAAAGAUUACACACCAUCAUCAAGUGCGAGUGCAGCUGCAGAUAAAACGCCAUCUGCAUCUACUCCUCCAAAGAAAGAGGAGGUUAAAGAACCAGUUACCUCUCCUGAGCCAAAGGUUUCUAAGCCCAGCGCUGCCCGUCCAACUGGAGACCGUGUUUUUGCCAGUCCUCUUGCAAGGACUUUGGCUGAAGAGAACAAUGUGCCUCUAUCAAGUAUCAAAGGAACAGGUGCUGAUGGACUAAUUGUGAAGGCUGAUAUUGAAGAUUACUUAGCUUCUCGUGGGAAGCAAGUGCCAGCAGCAGCCUCAAAGACUGCUCCAGCAUUAGAUUACACUGACCUUCCUCAUUCUCAGAUAAGAAAGAUCACAGCUUCGCGCCUAUUAUUCUCAAAGCAAACAAUUCCUCAUUAUUAUUUGACAGUAGAUACAUGUGUCGACAAACUAUUAGAUUUGCGGGGCCAACUUAAUGCAUUACAAGAAGCAUCAGGUGGGAAGCGGAUAUCUGUCAAUGAUCUUGUUAUAAAGGCUGCUGCAUUGGCCCUACGUAAAGUUCCUCAGUGCAACAGUUCAUGGACAGAUGAUUAUAUCCGCCAGUACCACAAUGUGAAUAUCAAUGUUGCAGUGCAGACAGACAAUGGACUUUUUGUUCCUGUCAUCCAAGAUGCAGACAAGAAAGGCCUAUCCAAAAUUUCCGAUGAGGUGAAGCAGCUGGCCCAAAAAGCCAGAGAAAACAGCUUAAAACCUGAAGAUUAUGAGGGGGGAACAUUUACAGUAUCAAAUUUGGGAGGCCCCUUUGGCAUUAAGCAGUUUUGUGCCAUCAUCAACCCUCCUCAGUCAGGCAUUCUUGCAGUCGGAUCUGCUGAAAAGAGGGUCGUGCCUAGUUCUGGGGCCGAGCAAUACAAGUUUGCUUCCUUCAUGGCUGUAACACUAAGCUGUGAUCAUCGAGUUAUUGAUGGUGCAAUUGGUGCGGAAUGGCUGAAAGCAUUCAAGAGCUACAUUGAGAAUCCGGAAUCAAUGUUGCUCUAAGAUGACCCUUUUUGCUCACCGUAUGCUCACUAAAUAAUAUCUUGGCUGUAUGGUUUCCGCAAGGGAUUUAAAUGAAACCCCAGCUGUUCAUUUCUGAGUUGCAAUUGGGCUUUGGAUGAUUGUACUUCCAAUAAAAUUCUUCCUUUUUGUAGUUGUUUACCAAAAACAAAUUUGGGUAGCUUUUUGGGAAUAAAGGGGGUUAUUCAAGGCUUUGAAUUUUCAACUGAAUUUUGCUCGUGUAGAGUGUUGUGCCCCCUUGUACAUGGGCAGAUAUAUAUAUAUAUAUAUAUAUUUUUUAAA